UCACACUUCGUGGGAGCUGGUCACAUUCUCGCUGUCUCCGUUUCAGCAAGCAUGUGGGUGCCGAACUUGCCCGUAACGAUAAUAAGCGCAGUGGCCGCCAGCGCAGGCGCACUCUGCAUCUUUAAAGACAUGUACGGGGGCCCGCCGUACGACCGCGCCGUCCGUGCGGACAACCUGACGGUAGUGGUGACCGGCGCGAACAGCGGCAUAGGUCGAGAGGCCGCCUGGGAGUUCGCGUGGAGGGGCGCUAAGGUGUUCAUGGCGUGCCGCGACAUGACCCGGUGCGAGAGCGUACGCCGCGACAUGGUGCUGGAGACAGGGAACAAGUACGUGUACUGCCGCCCCUGCGACCUCGCCUCCACCGCCUCCAUAAGGCAGUUCGUACAAAGGUUCAAAUCCGAAGAGCCACACCUCCACGUGCUUGUAAAUAAUGCGGCCGUCAUGGAGACCCCGAAGGGCGUCACGAAGGACGGCUUCGAGACACAGUUGGGGGUCAACCACAUGGGACAUUUUCUGCUGACAAACCUACUGUUGGACACCAUCAAGGCGUCGGCGCCGAGCCGCGUGGUGGUGGUGACGUGCGACACCCACCGCCGCGGAGCCAUACAGACGGCCGACCUGAACCUCGAUAACAAGUACGAGCCCGCCGCUGCGUACGCGCAGAGCAAGCUCGCCAACUUGCUGUUCGCCAGGGAGCUCGGCCGGAGGAUGCUCGGGACCGGCGUGUCAGUGGCGGCCGUAGACCCGGGCUUCACCGACACGAACAUCACUAGGCACCUGGCGAUGAUGAAGAGCAUCACCAGGUUCCUGGUGUACCCGAUAUUCUGGCCGGUGAUGAAGACUGCCAAGAUAGGAUCCCAAGUGAUAGUGCACGCCGCUCUGGACCCCAGCGUUGCGGAUAGCGCUGGGGACUAUUAUGUGGACAUGAAGAAAGCGGAGCCGUCCAAGGAGGCGAAGGACUUCGAGACGGCGUUUUGGCUGUGGCGGGUCAGCAGCAAGUGGACGCGACUCGAGGAACACGGGCCCGCCGUCAGAGCUGCCGCCUAGAUUACUUGCUAGUUAUUAUCGCUUAGUUUUACCGUAGUUUUAUUGACACCAAUGAACGAAAUUGCCUCAUAAUUUAAUAUUUUACUGAACUAGUUGUUAAAUCUGGCUGAAAUCCAUAUCACUGGUUAUUCGUUUAAAAAUAUUUUGUUUAAUUCCACCACCAUUAGUAUGUGUGCGACUGCCAACACUCGAAGAUUGACAACCACUAUUACAAGCAGAAGUUCCACAACCUUCCAUAUUAGCCGUCAAUCUCCGACUGCCAUUUUGUUCACGCACGUUUUGCAUUACGUGUUUUACCCAUAAACGAGACAUCAUCAGGCAAAUUUUAAAAUUAACUGUUUUAAUUUUAAAAUUAACGGUUUUUCCAAGAGACUACAGCAUGGGGUUCUUCAAAAGGGGGGUAAAGAGGUUUCUUCAGGGUCGGCAACGCACGCGACUCUAGUAUUACUCGCCUGACGGUAACCACUUACCAUCAGGCGGACCGUAUGCUUGUUUGCCACCUCAGUGGUAUAAAAAAAAAACGGUAUGAAAAGUUGUGAAACUUCUGGUAGUAACAGUGGUGGUCAAUCUUCUAGGGUUGGCAGUCGCACACAUACUAAUGGUAGCGGAAUUAAACAAAAUAAUUUUAAAUGAAUAACCAUUUGAUUGAAAGAACCAUUGAAAUAGUCUCAAUUUAUGGCGUAUGGAUGAGUGUAUGUUUAUAACUUUAGUGUAAAUAUUUUGCAUUUAUUGUUGUUUUGUUUGUUCAUUAGAAGUUAAUAAAAAAAAAUAUAGUAA